AUGCUCUACGAUCUUAACAUCGCCUGGUCACCAGGCACACCCGCCGCCGAUCUCGAAAGCACCCUCAAAUUCGCGAAAAACCUAGGCUACGAUGUCGUCGCCCUCAAUCACAAUAUCUCAGGGCCCAUACCCACACAACCGUCGCUAAUAACAAAUCCAAUCCCCCAACUUGGGGCCCCUCACCCUUCCUAUCCAGGCGGUGGACAAUCACCACCAAAAACAACAACAACAACAACAACAACAACAACAUCACCAACAAACACAAUCACGACAACAACUGCCUCCCUCCCCACAAUCCUCCGCCGCGCAACCCUCACCAUCACCGACCCAGCCACAACCAACUACCGCCUCGCCGACUACACACGUGCCUACGACAUCCUCGCUCUCCGUCCAACCUCCGACAAGUCCUUCUCCUGGGCCUGCCUCUCCACCACCGAGCCCCCCGCGCUCAUAUCUUUGGACCUAUCCUCCCACCUCGGCUGGCACAUACACCAUCGCACUGCGAUGGCCGCCGUGCAGCGGGGCGUGCGGUUUGAGAUAUGUUAUGCCCAGGCGUUGGGGGGCGGGUAUGGUGGUGGGAGUGGGGCUGGGAGUGGAGGGGUAGACGCGACGAGGCAGAGGGUGAAUUUCAUUGGGAAUGUGCAGUCGUUGAUCCGGGCGACAAAGGGGCGCGGGGUGAUUAUCAGCAGCGAGGCUCGUGGGGCCUUGGGACUGAGGGGGCCGGCGGAUGUGGUGAAUUUGAUGGCGGUUUGGGGGUUAGGACCGGAGAAAGGGUUUGCGGCGCUUGGUGAAGGGGCGAGGGCGGUGGUGGUGAAUGAGGGGAUUAAGAGGCGGGGGUUUAGGGGAGUUGUGGAUAUUGUGAAGCCUGCUGAGGGGGGCGAGGAGGGGAAGAGGAAACAGGAGGGCGAGGGAGGUGCAGACGGUGGGGAUGGUAAAGUUGGGAAGAAGCAGAAGCAACAGCAAAAGCAGCAGCAGAAACAACAGAACCAAAACCAGCAAGGGCAGAAGCGGAAGGAUGGUGAAGGUGGAGGUGGUGGUGCUCAACAAGGAGAGAUGAGUAAGAGACAGGCUAAAAAGAUUAGAAAGGAAGGCUCUCAGGCAAAACAAUGA